UGGUGGUGGCAGCAUGGCACGAGUGUGGGGGGCCACGGCCCCUGCCCGCCUUGCUCUCCUCCUCCUACUGAUGGCCAUGUGUUCCCAGGAGAUUUGUGCUGCUCCGUGGCGAGCACCAGGACCAGGCUGUCUUGGUGGAUUACCAGAGCGAAGUCCUGUCCCUGAGCCUGCGGUGGAUGCCAGAGGUGUGAGUGGAGUUGAGUGGGAUCCAGCUUCCCAGCUGAGCUUCAGGACCGAAGCCCCAGCAACUCGUAUGGGUCCUGAGAGAUUGAGAAAGACACGGGAAAGAGGAAAAUAUCCCCAGACGCUGUCCCAUAUGCUAAUGAAAAUCAUGAAGGACAAGGCAGCGCAUGAGACAGACAUAGAGCCUGUGCACAGGGAUGCAUUUCAGCAAGGCAGCCAUCGCACACUGCCCGUCCCUCUGGGAGAAACAGAGGCCACACACACAACUGGCGCUCCAGGUGUGGAUGGUGAAGGACAUGCAAAUGCCACAGAAGAUGAAGAUCUACUGAAGUACUGCCUUGCACUUACUGCGGCUCUCCUGGUUUCCAUGCUGGCAGCGAUGAUUACGUUCUGUCUUGUUAUCCGGCGAUGUAGGCAGAGAAACCAGCACCUUGCUGCAGCUGCUGGAGCCUGGCCCGAUGCCCACGGCCACAACUCGCACUUGGAUGGACAGCCUGCUCUCCUCAAGGUGCCCGACCGACAGACACGGCAUGGACAGCCACCACCUGUGCAGGGACAACCUGCCCUCCUGCCGCAGAGCACCACCAGAGCAGACUCCGCUGGGCCAGACAGCUGCCAGGCUCAGUUGCCCCCGCCUCAGACUCCACGGCCCACCAGCCCAGGCUCCGAGGCCCCCGGGAUGUGUGACAGGCCUAGCAGCCCCCAGGCAUCAACACCGCCCCCCCGUCCCCCUCCACCCUCUUUCAUGGGAUGGAAGAAACCUGCCCGAUUUGGAGGCUUGUGGUCAUCGGUCAGCACCCAAACAACGGCUCCCUGGCCUAUGAGCGACAGGCCCAGCUGUCCCUGGACAUCAACACCACCCCCCCGUCCUCCUCCACCAUCCUUCAGGGAACGGGAACAGCUUCCCCAGGCUGUAGGCUUGACAGCACGGCCCAGUCAACAGACAAUGGGUGCCCAGGGAAGGCACAACAGGCCCAGCAUCCCCCUGUCCACCCAGGCACCGUCACCACCCUCUCACUACCCUCCACAAACCUUCAGGGGAAAGGAGUUGCCCCGCCAGGGUGUAGGCUUGGGGAAAUUUUCCGACAGAUGGACAACUGUGUCCUGGGGGAAGUAUGACAGGCCCAGCAGCCCCCAGUCCCCCCCCCCACCAGCUCUGCCCUCCCCCUCCUCUCCACCAUCCAUCAGGAGGUGGGAGCGGUCCCCCCCAGGGGGUAGAGUUAGGGGCAUCAUGCAACAUCUGUAAAACCACUGCCAGGAGGAAGUAUGACAGACCCAGCAGCACCCAGCCCCCCCCAGCAUCAUCUCUGUCCUCACACUCCUCUCCACCAUUGGUCAGGAGGUGGGAGCACCCCUGGCAUGUGGGUUUAGGGGCAUCAUCUGACAGCCAGAGAACUGCUGCUGGCAUUGACUGGGACUUUCCAGGCUGUGUUGUACCAAUAAGCAGAAAGUAAUACCACAGUUGUCUAUGCUGUACUGUUGUCAUGUUACUACUUUGACCCACUGCCAGACCUUGUGUGCCACUUGGCAUUGGCAGACAGAUAAUAUGUGUGGGAAUGGCUUUAAACUCAAAGAGAGAAAAUUGAGGUAGAUGUGUAGAGGUCAGAGGCAGCAAGGCCUGGCCCAGGGUGCCCAGAGGCUGUGGGUGCCCUGCAUCCUGUCGGAGGAAGGGACAGGGGUGGGAGUACAUUAUGCAAAAGUGCCAGUGCUUCUGCAUGAGGUUUACCAGACAGCAGGCACUGUUCUGCUCUGACUAGUGGGCAAUAAGUUGCUCUGCAAUAGGAACCAAGCAAGAACUGUUAGCACAUUUUCUUCCUCCUCCAUUUCAUUUUGCUCUGUGGGCUGGACUGAGAAUCUGAAAGCGGAGAGAGAUGGGAUGAAGACAGUGCUGCAAGCCUCGUAAAUCUGUUGUCACUGCUCACUCUGUGAUAAGUCGUCUUAUCAGAAGCACAGUCCAUUGUGCUCAGCUGCCAUGAUACCACCCUGCAACUCCUCUCCAGCACCUGUUCUAGGUCACUGAUACCUCAGAAUCGUUCAGGAGGUGCAACAUUCCUGUGUUUUCUCUCAGCUCUUAGCACUGCUGCACUCCUCAGGAGCUAUGGCCACAAACAAAGCAGCUGUCAGUCAGCUGUAAAAGCAUCCCGGUCCUCUGCAAGAGGACAGAGUGUUCCGGUUCUGACAGCUUCCCUCAGCAGCCCAAUAUUGAAAUGGUUUGUGGAGUUCCUUUGUGCAAGCUGCUAAGGACAGAGGCAGUCACAUCAGCUGCCUAUACAUUAACUGGGAGAUGUUUUUAUGUUCAUCACUGGUCAACACAAAAGGGAGUUCUUUAACAUCUUUACUACACCUUCUUAACUGAGUAUAACUGUUUUCUAAAAAAAUUCUCAGCACUACAAAUGA